AUGAGCGACGAGGAGUCGGAGGUACCAGGAAAUAAGCCAAUGCGGCUGCCUAAAAAAGCGGCCAAAGUUAAAAAUAAGGCUCCUGCUCCACUUCAAAUUACCGCCGAACAGCUUCUACGUGAAGCUAAAGAACGGGAGCUUGAACUUAUUCCUCCAGCACCGAAGGCAAAAAUCACAGAUCCAGAAGAACUGGCUGAAUAUCAACGAAAGAAAAGAAAGGAAUUUGAAGAUGGAAUUCGCAAGAAUCGAAUGCAACUUGCAAACUGGAUCAAAUACGGAAAAUGGGAAGAAUCAAUUGGCGAACUUCAAAGAGCCAGAUCAGUGUUUGAACGAGCAUUAGAUGUUGACCAUCGUUCCAUUGCAAUUUGGCUUCAGUAUGCCGAAAUGGAAAUGAGAUGCAAACAAAUUAACCAUGCUCGUAAUAUUUUUGAUCGUGCCAUCACAAUUUUGCCCCGAGCUACCCAAUUUUGGUUAAAAUACUCGUAUAUGGAAGAAGUUUUGGAAAAUGUGCCAGGCGCCCGUCAAGUUUUUGAGCGAUGGAUGGAAUGGGAGCCUCCAGAGCAAGCUUGGCAAACCUAUAUCAACUUCGAAAUCAGAUACAAAGAAAUUGAUCGCGCACGAUCGGUUUAUCAAAGAUUUCUUCACGUGCAUGGAACAAAUGUUAAUAAUUGGAUAAAAUACGCAAAAUUUGAGGAACGAAACGGAUACAUCGGAAAUGCUAGAGCCGCGUAUGAACGAGGAAUGGCCUAUUUUGGAGAGGAGGAUAUUAAUGAGACAUUACUAAUCGCAUUUGCAUUAUUUGAGGAGCGUCAGAAGGAGCAUGAACGAGCCCGCGCGAUUUUUAAAUUUGGGCUUGAUAAUCUGCCGUCGUCUCGGACCGAAGAAAUUUUUAAGUUUUAUACGCAGCAUGAGAAAAAGUUUGGUGAACGAGUUGGAAUAGAGGAUGUGAUUAUCAGUAAAAGGAAAAACCAAUAUGAAAAAAUGGUUGAAGAAAACGGAUAUAAUUAUGACGCUUGGUUCGACUAUUUAAGGCUUUUAGAAAAUGACAAUGCCAGUAAAGAAGAAGUUGAAGAUUUGUAUGAACGCGCUAUUGCCAAUAUUCCGCCGCAUGAUGAAAAAAGAUAUUGGCGUCGUUAUAUCUAUUUAUGGAUUAACUAUGCGUUAUAUGAAGAAUUGGUAGCAAAGGAUAUUGAACGUUGUAGGCAAGUUUAUAAAGCUUGCCUUGACGUAAUUCCUCACAAAAUCUUCACCUUUGCCAAAAUUUGGAUCAUGUUCGCCCAUUUUGAAAUUCGGCAAUUGGAUUUAGCAGCGGCUCGAAAAAUUCUCGGUGUCUCGAUUGGAAAAUGUCCCAAAGACAAGCUGUUCCGAGCUUAUAUCGAUCUCGAAUUGCAACUUCGUGAAUUUGAUCGUUGUCGUAAGCUUUAUGAGAAAUUUUUGGAGAAUUCGCCGGAGAGCAGCACAACUUGGAUUAAGUUUGCCGAAUUGGAAAACCUUCUGGGAGAUACAGAUCGUGCUCGAGCAGUAUUCGAUAUUGCGAUUCAGCAGCCCGCCCUUGACAUGCCUGAAAUUCUUUGGAAAUCGUAUAUCGACUUUGAAAUUGGUGCUGAGGAAUAUGAAAAAGCUCGCGAUUUGUAUGAAACUCUUCUACAACGCACAAAUCAUAUUAAGGUGUGGAUUUCAUUAGCUGAAUUCGAGCAGUCCAUUGGAGAAUUUGGAAGGGCCCGAAGUGUUUACGAAAGAGCUAAUCGAGCUCUCGAAAAUUCUGACAAGGAAGAACGAUUAAUGCUUCUUGAAGCAUGGCUGGAUUCUGAGAAGAAAUCUGGCGACGAAGAAGCCCUCAAGAAAGUUGAAGCAAUGAUGCCAAGACGCGUCAAAAAACGACGACAAAUUCAAACCGACGAUGGCGUGGAUGCAGGAUGGGAAGAGUACUUCGAUUACAUUUUCCCGCAAGAUCAAGCCGCCAAAGGUUCUUUCAAAUUGCUUGAGGCUGCGGCGCGGUGGAGAAAGCAAAAAGAAGAAAUGGCUAAGGCAGCCGCCGAGAACGAAAAUGUCAUGCAGACGGGCAACGAAUCCGAUGAGGAACGAGAUAAAAACGAGGAGAAAGAACGACAAGGCGACAGUGAUACAGAUCUCGACGACUCUUCCUCAGACAGUGAUGACUCAACAUCAAGUGAUAGUUCGGAUUCAGAUGAUUCCGAUUAA